AGAGGGAGGGAGGGAGAUGCUGUCCAGAGCAGGCGGAAGAGGUGCAACAGGGCGAGGCUUGGGAAGAGAGUAGAGUGAAGAUCCCAACAUGUGGAUGGAGGACAGUGUUAUCCAGCUAUGAACACUAUGCUGAGCCCCAAGAUUAGACAGACAAGGAGAGCUAGGUCUAAGAGCAUGGUCAUGAGUGAGCUCUCCCGCGGGACCAGCAGGCCGUCGUCGCCUGGUCUUCAGGAGAGGGCGCUGAAGGCCGGCUGGCUUAAAAAACAACGAAGUAUCAUGAAGAACUGGCAGCUGCGAUGGUUCGUACUCAGAACUGACCAGCUCUACUUUUACAAGGAUGAAGAGGAGACCAAACCACAGGGAUGUAUCCCGUUACAGGGCAGUCAGGUCAAUGAGCUGACAGCCAAUCCUGAAGAACCAGGACGACAUCUCUUUGAGAUUGUUCCAGGCAGCACAGGGGAGAAGGACAGAUCGGCUCUCAGCCAUGAGGCUUUCCUGCUCAUGGCAAACUCCCAGAAUGACAUGGAGGAUUGGGUCAAAGCCAUCAGACGUGUCAUUUGGGCUCCCUAUGGUGGAGGUAUCUUUGGCCAGCACUUGGAGGACACAGUACAAUAUGAGAAGAAGUUUGGACCCCGGCUGGCCCCUUUACUGGUAGAGCAGUGUGUGGACUUCAUUCGAGAUCAGGGUCUGAAAGAAGAGGGUCUGUUUAGGAUGCCGGGACAAGCCAAUCUCGUCAAAGAACUCCAGGAUGCAUUUGACUGUGGGGAUAAACCUCUCUUUGACAGUAACACUGACGUCCACACGGUAGCGUCUCUCCUGAAGCUCUACCUCAGGGAACUGCCCGAGCCGGUGAUCCCCUUCAGCAAGUACGAGGACUUUCUAACCUGUGCACAACUUCUGCUCAAAGAUGAAGAAGUGGGACUCAAUGAGCUUGUGAAGCAGGUGAACACUCUUCCUCAGGCUAAUUAUAAUUUAUUAAAGUACAUUUGCAAAUUUUUAGAUGAGGUGCAGUCACACUCAGCUGAGAACAAGAUGAGUGUUCAGAAUCUUGCAACAGUUUUUGGACCAAACAUCCUUCGACCUAAAGUGGAGGACCCUGUUUCAAUGAUGGAAGGAACCUCCCAGGUCCAGCACCUGAUGACGGUGUUAAUAAGCGAACACGACCGGCUAUACGUGGGAUCCGAUGGAGAUGUUUCCGCCGAGCAGACGGGAAGUUUUCAUCAGGGUCAGCGCAACAUGGCACAGUGGAUCUCCGAGGACGAGAUCCUCAACCGCUCACCUUCGAACCAGACGUCCAAUGCCACAUCUUUAGAUAUUACUGUAGGUGCCCUCAACACUGCCAAGGUGUCAUCUCAGGGAAAAUCUGGAUUGACUGUCAGCCCCAGUAAGCAGGCAAAGUCUCUCCCCUCCUGGAAGUGCUCCUUCAAGGGAGGAGGCACACGUGCUCAGCCCACAAAAAUCGGAGGCUCUUCCGUGGACGUAUCCAACAUGCCCAGUGCCGGUAACUGGUUGAUGAAUGGGCUUUCUUCUCUGCGGAGCCACCGGAGAACAUCUUCGGGAGAACGUAUGGGAAAGGACUCAAUCCUCUCACACCGACUUUCCACUUAUGAUAACGUGACAUCAUCCAGUCUCAGCGUACCCAGUGUGGCGAGCACAGCCUGGACCACAUCCUCCUGCGAGAUCUUAGUGGCCGACUCGGUGAGCAGUGAGCCCUCCUGUCUGAACUCUGUGAAGGCCGAGUGGUCGGUUGGAGGGUCUGUGCAGGGUCAGGGUGAACAGAGGAGCACAGAGGUCACAGAUAGCAGUGAAGCUCUGGAGAUGUGUGUGAGCAGUGCAGGUUGCAGCGAGAAUGGAAACGUUGAAGAUGCGGUGGACGUCACAGGAGAUACUGACAAUAGAACGACAGCACUUAACAGCGUGGUGAUGGAGCUGAAGGACAAAUUGAAGAGACAGAAGAUCAGCUAUGAGUUACGAAUACGAAAGUUAGAGGAAUCAAAUGGAGCUCUGCAUAGCCAAAUGGAGAGACUGGAGGAGGAGUUAGACCAGGAGAAAAAGAAAAACCGAAUGUUGGAAAUUAAACUCCGCAACUCUGAGCGGGCUCGCGAGGACGCGGAGAUCCGAAACCGCUUGCUUCAGAAUGAGAUGGAGGAGUUCUUCUCCACUUUAGGAGAUCUUACCUUGGGGUCCAGGACGAGCAAAAUUUGACCGGCAAAAUGUGACGGCCCACCUGCUUAACACAAAGAAACUGUGUUUGUUGUAGAUAGAAUCUGGAAAUCUCUCUGCUCAUGUAUCAUGGGUAGUCAGAGGUAAUUUUGUGCUGUUUUGUUACGGCAAUUUGAUCAGCUGUUAUCACGUGUAACGGUUUCACUUUCCGUCUGCCAUCUUCAGUCUUAAAUUAUAAAGGAAGAGUUCAUCUGAAAA